UGCCCCAUCAUUGGUGUCAGUGGGAGGAAAAAAGAAAAUAGCGCCCCCAUUACUGGUGUCAGUGGGAGGAAUAGUGCCCCAUCGUUGGUAUCAGGGGGAGGAAUAGUUCCCCAACGUUGGUGUCAGUGGGUGGGGAGGAAUAGUGCAGUGGGGGGGGGAAUAACAUUGGUGUCCAGUGGGGGGGAGGAAUAGUUGCCCCAUCGUUGGUGUUGGGGGGGGG